AUGGAUAUCAAGCGCUUGUUUCUCCUUCUGGUCUUUUUCAUCAGUCUUUCAUUUCUAGCUUUGGCUCAAUGCCCAACUUAUCGAGCCACAAACGUAACAUCAGCGAAUAACAGUCUACAUGCCAUACUCAGCUUAGAUGGCCCAGCAUGCAGUACGAGAGACGUCACCUCACUGAACUUGAUCGUUACCUAUGAAGAAACUACUCGUCUUCACGUGAGAAUCUUAGAUGCCUCAUCGAAUAGAUACGAGGUCCCAGAGCAGGUCGUGCCCCGCCCAUCUUCCGCAUUUGUUCAGCCCUCCCAGGCCGCCUUGGCAUUCUCUUACGACGCCUUCCCGUUCUCCUUCACCGUCACUCGCCGGGCCAACAAUGAGACACUUUUUUCGACAUCAGAUGGUCCACCCCUCGUGUAUCGAGACCGUCACAUCAGCUUGCGAACUGUUCUUCCACUCACAGCCGCGAUUUUUGGCUUAGGAGAAAGCACGGAUCCUUUUCGAAUUCCUCCGGGAACUUUGCGUACCCUAUGGGCGCGUGAUGCAUAUGGUACAGAUGAGCACACCAACUUGUAUGGCUCUCAUCCCGUAUACUUUGAUCAUCGUCCCUCAGGAACACACGGUGUCUUCCUCUUGAACUCGAAUGGAAUGGACGUAUCAGUAGAAUCAGACUUCCUUCAGUAUGAUAUCAUUGGAGGUGUUCUGGAUCUUUACUUCUUGUCCGGCCCCUCCCCGAUAGAGGUUGCACAGCAGUAUUCUCAGAUCAUUGGUAGACCAGCCAUGGUUCCGUACUGGUCACUUGGAUUUCAGCAGUGCCGAUUUGGCUACAAGAGUUUGCUCAUAUUUUUAAUCCUUGGGUGGACAGAUAUCGACUACAUGAAUCACAGCAGAGUCUUCACACUUGACCCAGAAAAUUUCCCUCUCCAACGCAUGAGGGAGAUCGUUGAUCAGCUUCAUGCGCACAAUCAGCGCUAUGUUAUGGUCAUGGACCCAGCCGUUGCCUAUCAGCCAGGAGACAACGGUGCUUUCGAUCGUGGCACAAAAUCGGAUAUAUUUCUCAAGGAAGCCAAUGGUACCUACUAUAAAGAAAUGGUAUGGGCAGGCGCGAGUGUAUACCCGGAUUGGUUUCACACAUCAAUACAGUCAUAUUGGUCAGGAGAAUUCCAAAGAUUCUUUGACCCAGAAAGUGGGAUCGAUAUCGAUGGUAUUUUGAUCGACAUGAACGAGCCUGCUUUACCAGUUGCAAACGUUCGCGUCGUUGCCAAAACAACUUUGCGCACGCUCUCUUUGAAAAGGAAACAGCGACGUCAGGCUGAGAAUCGUAGUGUGGAUGAAUACGAUACCCACAACCUCUUCGGAACACUUAUGUCAUCAAUCACUCGCAAGGCAAUGUUAGAGCGAAGACCAAAUCUAAUGCCCGUGAUCAUCAGUCGCUCAACUUUUCCAGGCUUGGGUGCUCGUGCGGGUCAUUGGACUGGAGAUAACAUUUCAGAUUGGACGCACUAUAGGGCCUCGAUAAUACAGAUGCUCUCAUUCGCCUCCAUCUUUCAGAUUCCCUUUGUAGGCUCAGAUGUUUGCGGUUUUGGUGGGAACGCAACAGAAGAGCUAUGUGGUCGAAACCACAACGAAGUGGGUUCAUUGAGCCAAGAGUUUUAUCGCUGGUCAAGUGUUACCCGAGCGGCCAGGGUAGCUAUCAUCUUGAGGUAUAGCCUUCUAGACUACUUAUACACUCAGCUACGAUGGCAACAGCACGAUGGAACCCCUGCGAUCCAGCCUCUUUGGUUUGUCUACCCCGAUGAUCCGCAGCUUAUCAAUAUACAAAGUCAGUUUUUCUUCGGAGACGCCCUUGUAAGUGACAUCUUCAGCUUUGUAUCAUUCGCGAGGAAUGGUCAUGAGUUGAAAUUCAAUGUGGCUGAAAAUGAUCAAACACGACAGCUUGUUUCUCCGGUCAUGGAGGAGAAUUCAACUUCAGUGAAGGCAUAUAUUCCUGAAGCAGGCAUUUCCGGCUUGAGAAUUACUGGGCGAGAAGCUCAUAUCAAAGCAGAAGUGAAGAUGGUAACAUUUUUAGCGACUUUGGGUGUACAAGACGCACGGGUAACUGGAGGGGGACAAGGGGAGUUGAGGGUGGACUCAGAAGCAAAGAUCGUUCAAGUGAUUGGAAAUUGGUCACUUAGUAUGGGAGACCAGCUAUUAUUUGAGCUCGAGCUCGAGACUUGA